CUCUCUCUCUCUCUCUCUCACCCACUAGGGUUUAAGGACACAAGCCUAGGAGGGUUUUACAGUGCAUAUUCUGAGGAGUGUAAGUCUUCCACCACCAUGAAUUUCAGGUUCCAAAACCUCCUCGGAGCUCCUUACAGAGGCGGCAACACCCUCCUCAUCAACAACACCCUCUUAAUCUCACCCGUCGGUAACCGAAUCUCCGUCACCGACCUCAUCAAAUCCCAAACCCUAACCCUACCUUUCCAAUCCUCCUCCAACAUCUCCCGCAUCGCCGCCUCUCCCGACGGCGUCUUCCUCCUCGCCGUCGACGACAACUCCCGCUGCCUCUUCAUCAACCUCCGCCGCCGCCUCGUCCUCCACCGCAUCUCCUUCAAGAAACCCGUCGCCGCUCUCAACUUCAGCCCCGACGGCUCUUUCAUCGCCAUCGCCGCCGGAAAACUGCUCCAGAUUUGGCGCUCUCCGGGGUUUAGAAAGGAAUUCUUUCCUUUCGAAUUGGUUCGGACUUUCGCGGAUUGCGAUGAUAAGAUCACAGCCUUGGAUUGGAGUCCGGACUCCAAUUACGUGAUCGCUGGAUCCAAGGACUUGACUGCGAGGCUGUUUUGUUUGAAGAAAUUGAAUGGAUUUAACAAACCUUUCUUGUUUCUUGGUCACAGAGACAUAAUUGUUGGGGCUUUCUUUGGUGUUGAUAAGCAAACAAAUAAUGUUUCUAGGGCUUACACGAUAUCGCGGGAUGGCGCUAUUUUUAGCUGGAGUUAUAGUGGUACUGAUGAUAAAUUUGAUAAAUUGGGAGGGGAUGAUUCAGAACCACCUUCCCCGGGUACGCCGGAGCAGAAGCUAAAUCUGAAUGAUGCUAGCGACACGAGAAAAAGAAAGAAUUUUGGUGAUGUAGAUGGUAAUUUAGUUGAAGGAUGUGGGUAUUUGUUGCAUACUGGGAAAUGGGAGUUGUUGAAGAAGGAUUUCUUUAUGCAGGCUCCGGCGAAGUUGACCGCUUGCGAUUAUCAUAAGGGGCUUGAUCUUGUGGUUGUGGGGUUCUCGAAUGGCUUGUUUGGACUGUAUCAGAUGCCCGAUUUUAUUUGCAUUCAGUUGUUGUCAAUAUCGAAAGUGAAGAUUACUACUGUUGUUUUUAAUGAUCUUGGGAAUUGGUUGACUUUGGGAUGUGCAAAACUUGGGCAGUUGCUUGUUUGGGAAUGGAAAUCAGAAAGUUACAUCUUGAAACAGCAGGGUCAUUAUUAUGACGUGAAUUGUAUUGCAUAUUCUCCAGAUUCACAGUUCUUGGCUACAGGAGCGGAUGACAACAAAAUCAAGGUGUGGACUGUUUCCUCAGGCUUUUGUUUUGUGACAUUUUCGGAGCACACCAGUGCAGUCACUGCACUCCAUUUUAUGGCCAGCAACCAUGUUCUGUUGAGUGCAUCUCUUGAUGGGACUGUUCGUGCAUGGGAUCUUUUCCGCUAUCGGAAUUUUAGGACCUUCACUACCCCUUCUUCUAAGCAAUUUGUUUCUUUAGCAUCAGAUCCGAGUGGUGAAGUGAUUUGUGCUGGAACUUUUGAUUCAUAUGAGAUUUAUGUCUGGUCGUUGAAGACAGCGAGGCUGUUAGAUGUUCUCAGUGGUCAUGAGGGUCCUGUUCAUGGAUUAAUGUUUUCACCUACAAAUGCCAUCUUAGCUUCAUCUUCGUGGGACAAAACUGUUCGCUUGUGGGAUGUUUUUGAAGGAAAAGGCGCAGUUGAAACAUUUCCCCACACACAUGAUGUUCUUACAGUUGCUUAUCGACCAGAUGGAAAGCAAUUGGCCUGCAGUACAUUAGAUGGGCAAAUCCAUUUCUGGGAUACAAUUGAUGGCGUGUUAAUGUACACAAUAGAGGGCCGUAGAGACAUUGCUGGUGGCCGUCUUAUGACUGAUCGUAGGUCGGCUGCUAACUCCAGUGCUGGGAAGUACUUUACGACCUUAUGUUAUUCUGCUGAUGGGAGUUACAUAUUGGCUGGUGGAAGUAGUAAAUACAUUUGUAUGUAUGACAUUGCUGAUCAGGUACUGCUUCGUAGGUUUCAAAUAACCCUCAAUCUUUCUUUGGAUGGAGUUCUGGACUUCUUGAACUCAAAGAAAAUGACAGAUGCUGGUCCAUUGGAUUUAAUUGAUUAUUAUAAUAGUGAUGCAGAGGAUGGUGUUAGCAAACAAACCCGGAGAAAUUUAGGUUAUGAUUUACCAGGAUCCAUGCCUAAUCGUGGAAGGCCUGUUAUUCGGACAAAAUGCCUGAGAAUUGCACCAACUGGCAGGAGUUGGGCAGCAGCAACAACAGAGGGGGUUCUAGUUUAUUCGAUAGACGAAUCCUUCAGCUUUGAUCCCACUGACCUUGACAUAGAUGUUACACCAGAGGCAGUUGAUGUAGCACUAAAUGAAGAUCAACCAAGCAGGGCUUUGACCCUUAGCCUACGGUUAAAUGAAGAUACUCUGAUCAAAAAGUGUAUUGUUGCUGUUAGUCCAGUAGAUAUACCAGUUGUUGCUUCAUCGGUCCCUUCCAAAUAUUUGCAAAGGCUAAUUGAAGCAUUUGCAGAUCUUUUGGAUAGUUGUCCACACUUGGAGUUUAUGCUUCAAUGGAGUCAGGAGCUCUGCAAAGCUCAUGGUCAGUAUAUUAAACAGAACUCCAGAAAGUUGCUUCCUUCUCUAAAAUCAUUGCAAAAGGCAAUUACCAGAUUACAUCAAGAUUUGGCAGAAACAUGUUCUUCCAAUGAGUAUUUGCUUCAAUAUUUAUGCUCUACAGGAACCAUGAAAUGAUGUUUGUCUUUUUGACUGGCUGACACUUUGGUUAUGGUAUUAGAAGAUGGGGCCGUUACAAUUGGUGGAUGAAAAAUCUAUUUCAACUGCUUCUACAGUCUCUCCUGCAAGUAUUGAAUUAGAUGACUGGGUAUCGUGACUUGGAUAGUAAUGCUUGCGGGUUUUGUCUUGCAUGGAAUUGACGAUGACCAGGUGGAAACAGAAGUUUAGGUGGAAAGCCCCAUUUGUAUGCAUUGUGGUUUGAAGAUGCAUUUGACAUUUCUGAUUGUAGAGUGCAACUGUGCGAGGUAUCUUCUGAGUUUGUGGCUGCAUUCCCCCUUUUGAUCUUGUCACGCUCUCUGUUGGUGGUUUCAUCUGUAAAGCUGGAUAAUUUCCAUCUCCCGGGUUAUUUUUCUUUUCUUUUGUGUUCACUUGAGGAUUGAUGAUGUCAAAUUUUGCUGCAAAAGUCUAAAUUUUUGUAACCAGAUGUGAUAGAAGCCUUUGCUUUUCAAUAUUUACCUUCGCUAAUGUUAUUGUUAUAUCAACAUAUGAUUAAUUUCAAAGUUGCAAUUCUAAUUCUUUGGGUAUUUAUCACA